CCACUGAUCUAUAAACCUUCAAUCCCCAUAUCCUAAUUCCCCAGAAGAAGUAAACACCAAAUUUCUUGUUGAAUGGACUGUAGCCUCUCCUACACAAAAAAAAUCACCCUUCAUCAAUCUUUACCUUUUAUGGUAAAGAUAAAGACUUUACUACCCCAUACCCGUUUUACUUUCAAGAAUUCACCUAAGAGAUCAUUCUUUAUAGUAGCCAGUAGUAGUAGUAACAGUAAGUGUGGGUUUAGUGGAUUGAAUGCACCGUUAGAACCAACAACGUUGUCUGGGAAGUUGUUGGGUAGUGUGCUUUUGAAUGAUAGAAAGUGUUUUCAUGUUGCUGUUCAGAAACAGUUGGAGCAGUUGGCUUAUGAUAGGGAUGAAGCUAAGGCUCGGAUGAAUCUUAGCUUUGGCUCGGAUGAAGGUUUACUGCAUAGGAGGAUUGCUGAAUUAAAAGAGCUGGAGUGUCAAGCUGCUGUUGAAGACAUUAUGUACGUGCUAAUAUCUUACAAGUUCUCUGGGAUCAGAGUUCACUUGAUUCCCAGGCUUUCGAAAUGCAUGUACAAUGGCAGACUUGAGAUAUGGCCUUGCAAGGACUGGGAACUUGAGUCUAUCCAUAGCUGUGAAGUACUGGAAAUGGUUAGGGAGCAUCUUACUACUGUUCUAGGAUGGAAAGAGAAGUCAAAUGUGGCAGACAAUUGGGCCCCUACUAAAGUACAAAAAUAUCAGCUCUGUCGAGUAUAUGCUGCUUCUGUUUUGUACGGGUAUUUUUUGAAGUCGGCUUCCUUGAGGCACCAUUUGGAACAGAAACUUGAUCAUAUCAACCCUGACCUUGGUAUUGCUAGUUCCAACCAACUCUUACUUUCAGAGAUGCGGUCCUUAGGAUCGGAUAUUGUUCCCUUUGGUCGCAUCAGUGGGACACGAUCUACAUCAGUGGGUCAAAUACCACUUCUCCGUGAAAAAAGGCAAGAAAAACUGAAGUAUUAUGUGAUGACUUUUGACCCAGAAACAUUGCAGAUGUGCGCAAAACCAAAGUCCAAGGAGGCCCUAAAUCUGAUUGAGAAGCAUAGUUAUGCGCUCUUCGGUGAUAAAAAGACAGGUUUGGUGGCGAGUGAUGAAGUAAUUUUGACAUCAUUGGCAAGUUUGAAGAGAGUUGUCUUGGAGGCUAUUGCCUUUGGUUCUUUCCUUUGGGAUGCAGAAGAAUACGUUAGGACUGUAUAUAAGCUCAAAGAGGACUAACUAGGCAGUGGCAUGAUAUGUUCUCUAUUAAUGUUGUCAUAUAUAUAUAUAUGUAUGUAUGUAUGUAUGUAUGUAUGUAUGUAUGUAUAAAUCCUAUAUAGAAGCUUUCUGGUAUCUGAUACCAACGGAUUUGUUCUCUGGUAGAAAAUAUCAGAGGAUAUGCUUUGUAAAUUUGAAUUGUAUAGAGCGUCAUCCGUAGUAUUGUGAAUAAAUCAUGUAUGAUGUAAAGCAGUUUCAUGAUUUUGUCUA